GUCAGCUGUUCACAGAGUCUUUAUUUUUAUAAACAUAACCUUAAAAUUUCAAUGAAAUUCUAUGAUAAUGAUGAAGCAAUGUUUAACCCAAGGGUUCUAAAAAAUGAAAAGUAUUGUCAUGUUGACAAUAAUAAGUGAUCUUAUAAAGAACAGCUAUUUCUAAAAUAAUAAAUUCUUUGAAUUCAAAUAGCAUGGUAAGAGCCAAGAAUGCUUCAUAGUUAUGCAAUUAAAGUAUUACGUGAAAAGUUAUUUGUCUAUUCAGUAAUGAAAAUUUCUCUCAACUUCGCAUACCGUGACACUAAUACAAUUGUUUUACAUGUAAAUUAAGCUUUAUUUGGAUAAAAAUUUUAACGAGACGCUGUUGAUUUGAAGUAUUUUUUAAAUUUACAUGAGCAUAGUUGUCAUGACUGAAGGUCAAUUUGAUUUAUGUGAAACAUGUACAUUUUGAUUGUUAUUGUGAAGGUGAAUCUUGCAUGGUUUCAACUGUGACAAUAAUAUUUUAGAUAUUCCGCAUUUGUUUGAACAGUCAUAAAGGUGUAACAAACAAAUGAGAGCGUGUGAUGUAAUGUAAUCUUGUUUCAGACAGUUUGCGAUUCCGUGAAAACUGCACUCCAUCUAUAAAAAUAAGGGAAUCAGCAUGCUGUCACUCAUAGGCAUAACUUCUAGCAGCCUCAGUGCCAUUCUAGGGUUCGUUACAUUUGUGUGUUGCCUUGGCUACUGGCACUUUACUAGGACUUUCAACCAUUGGUCGAAGAGAGGGGUCAUACAUGAGCCCCCGAAAAUAUUCUUUGGUAAUAUCAAAGAUCGGAUACUACUGAGGAAAUCAUUCCACGAGUUCCAGAAGGAGAUUUAUUGGAAAUUCAAGGGUCACAAAUUUGCAGGUUUGUUCGAGGGCCGCCGCCCCACCCUGAUCCUGCUAGACGCUGACCUGGUGAAGGCGGUGCUAGUGCGCGACUCUGACCACUUCGUCGACCGGCCGGUGCUGCAGUUCCGCGACUCGCCCUACAUCCACAACAUGAUCCUCAACCUGAAGGGCGCCCGGUGGAAGGCCGUCCGCGCACACAUGACCCCCGCCUUCUCGUCGGGCAAGCUCAAGGCCAUGGAGCCGCUCAUCACAGUUUGUGCCAAACAGCUGCAGGAGUUCAUCGAUCGCACUGUCAUUGCUGUUGAAGAUGGUGUGAUGGACAUGAAAGACCUGUUCGGUCGGUUCACAAUGGACGUGAUCGCGUCGUGUGCUUUCGGCGUGCAAUGCGAUUCGCUCAAGGACCGCGACGCUGAAUUCAUCCGGCAGAUGUCGCGAUUCGGCGACCUGAGCAUCGCGCGGAGACUCAUCGUGUUCAUGGUGCUCAUAUUGGCGCCGAAAAUGUCCCGAUUUCUGCCCAUAUCGUUCUUCAACAUGGACUCAAUCCACUAUCUUGCCGGAGCCGUUAAGCGGGCUAAGAAGUUUCGACUUGAAAAUAGCAGCAACCGUCGAAACGAUUUCCUUCAACUGAUGCUCGACGCUGAGCUGAAUUCGGAAGAAAACGCUGAAAAGUUGAAAUCGGAAAACGCCGAUGUGGUGCUGAUGACCGAGGACAUAGUGAUCGCUCAGUCCAUCCUGUUCCUGAUCGCUGGCUUCGAGACAUCCAGCACUCUGCUCACAUUCGCCAGCUACGAGCUUGCCUUGAACAUCGAUGCGCAGAACAGGGUGCGCAAUGAAAUCAACGAGGUUCUCGAGAGGCACGGCGGCCAGGUCAACUAUCAAGCUUUGAACGAAAUGAACUAUUUGGAGAUGGUUUUGAAUGAGGCGUUACGCAAACACCCACCCGUGGCCAGGAUAGACAGGGUGUGCACUAAAGCCUACAAAGUGCCGCAAACCAACAUCACUCUUCAGCCGGGAGACUCAGUGUCUGCGCCAGCUAUUGGCUUCCACUACGACCCGGACUACUUUCCUGAUCCGGAAAAAUUCGAUCCGGAGAGGUUUGCACCCGAACUGAAACACGAAAGGUCACCUUACGUGUUCCUUCCGUUCGGUGCAGGACCGAGGAACUGCAUUGGGCUGAGAUUCGCUCUGCUCAGUACUAAAGCAGCCAUGGCGCAUCUAUUGAAAGGCUACCAGUUACUGCCUUGCGAGAAAACACAAGUGCCAUACACGUUCAGCAAGUCUUCAAUGCUACUGAAGCCAGUUGAUGGCAUCUGGCUAAAAAUUGAAAAACUAUAGCCAAAAACCGUCAAGCUUUAUUCAAGUGUAAUCGAAUUAACACAAAGUAUGACCUUUUGAUGUAUAGACUUUUUGUAGCUUUUGGGUUAACGAUCUAUCAAGGCAACUGAUAACGCAUUAUACCGCACCUAGUUGUGUUGUCUCAAAGCAACUUGUUGCGUUCUCCAUGGAACAUGGAGACUUCGAUUAUUGAAAUUCAUUAGACCUGACCCUAACUUCUAGUUUCAACGGACAUUUUCGACUGACAGGUGAACAUUCUUUCGUAAGAUGUCCUGCAAGAGCAAAAACAUCUGCACACCUGCGUCGGAAGUGACUGGUACUAGGGUUUUGGUUUUUGACUGUACCGUCGAAAAUGUCCGGCAAAGCGUAACGUUAGUAGCAUUCUUUAGGUAUUCGGCUCUUAUUAGAUUAGGCAUUGGUUCAUAUGAAGCUUACUUGAAUUGGGCAGCCGACUCGGCGACCAGACCAAAGCUAAUAAAAUAUUAUUUCUGUUGCAAUAAUAAUAUUACUCAAUAAUAAAUGCUACUCAAUCGGUUAGAACUGGAUAAGAUCAUUAACAAUAUUGUUAUAAUACCGUACUCGAAAACUUUUCAGGAGGUUUCCCAAUAAUGUGCCAAUUGCUGAGGAAGUAUAAGGAAUAUGUGAUGAAAAUCAAAACUUUGUAGAAAUGUAUACUACUAGAUAAAUAAAUGUUUUAUAAAGUUUGCAGUAAUUGUGA